GUGCUAGCGUCAGCAAAUCUAUACUAAACUGAAGACCCUAUAAAGUAUGGCUGCUCAGAACCCUAAUCCUGCUCCCAUGAAUGGACCUCCAAUGCUCCACAUCCCACCAAGACAAUUUGUGAUGAAUCUAGAGCAAUCAGACACACACUCAGACUCUUUUGUAGAUCCCAGCUUCUUUAAGGUGGUUAUUAUGCAAUGCACGGCUUCUGUCCAUCAUGGUACUGCAUCAGUCGUAUUGGAGCGUAGGGGAAUGCCUUGGUUUCUCCUACCCGACUGUUUUGUAGCGUCUGCCAUAGCUGCUUCCUCUGACUGCCCAAUCCAGCAACUCAUUCUCAAGCAACAUUCUCUAUCGGACCUACCUCUCAGCUUUUCAUUGUCGGCUACAAUGCUACCGACUUCUCUCAGUACUCUGGAUCUAUCGCACAACUGUUUUGUAUCUGUACCGACUGUUGUCUGUGACCUAGUGAACCUUCAAGAACUGUAUCUGAGCAAUAAUGGAAUAUUGUCUGUCCCAAAUGCCUUCUCUUCACUAAAGCGUCUCAAGGCUCUCUACUUACAGAAUAACUACCUGAAGGAAUUAUCCAUCGGCGUGUGUGGAUUACAAUCUCUUGUGUACCUCAACGUCGAACAUAAUGAGUUAACAACAUUACCAAGUGAAGUAUCACAACUCACCAAUCUCCAACUACUGCAUGCCAGCUCCAACAAGAUGGAGUACCUACCAGAUUCAAUAAACGAUUUAUCCAAUCUACAAGAACUUUAUCUGAGCCAAAACCAACUCAAGAUGUUACCGGAUAAGUUGGAUGGUCUCUCCUCUCUAAGUCAACUUCAGCUAGCCAAUAAUAAACUCGAUUGUCUCCCAUUAUCAUUUGUGGAUCUGAAGAGCCUCAAGUCGUUUACUGUGUCUGGGAACAACCUCAAGUUUCCCCCUCUGUCUGCCUGCAGGGCUGGUGUGGAGCACCUCAAGGCAUUCAUGAGAAGCAACUAUCACUAUUUUGAGCCUGAACAUUCUGAUUCAGGAGAGGACACUCCUUUUGAGGACAUUGAUGAUUAGCUAUCUUUAUAUACAUGUAUACUCUCGUUCUCAUUUUAUAAUUUAUGCUGUAUGUAUUAUCAUAAUAUAUCCUAUUCAUGUAUGUUGCCAAGUUUAUCAUUAUUCAAUUUUCAGUA